AUGACUAACGCAAGGACGGUUUUUUUCGUCCUAGCGACGACGCUCGUCGCCGCGACGGCCGCCGCGCCCGUCGACUCGGAGAAGGCCGAGGCGCUCCGCUUCCUGCGCGUGUACGGUUUUCUGAAGGACGACGGAGAAUCGCUGUCGUCCGAUAACGCGACAUCUCUGCGUCGCGCGUUGUCGCUGUUUCAGGAUUAUCAAUUAUCGGGAAACGACGCGUUAGACGCCGUUACGCUUAGCCUUAUGCGCAAAUCGCAAUGCGGUCUCGCGGACGUUCCCGAUCGCGCGUAUAGUCCGAUCGCUCGAAAAUGGCCAAAAACGCGUCUCACAUGGAACUUUCAGGUAGCUAGCGAGGAACUCUCGCGAACGGCCAAAGCGGCGUUCGCGUUAUGGGCGGUGAAUUCGUCGCUAACCUUCAGGCGCGACUCGCUGCGAGCCGAUAUACUGAUAUCGUAUCGAACGGGCGCGCACACUUACGCGAAAUUUCUGGUUAAGCUGAACGUAGAGGAUAUUCUCGCUAUACAGAAUCUGUACGGGUCUCACGACGACGGAAACUAUCCGACGGCGACCCCAGCGACCACCGCGGCGCCUGCUACGACGAGCGUCGCGCCGAUGGAUUCCGCGCGCGCGGAUCUCUGCGCUAUGCGGCGCGUGGACGCCGCGCUGAUAAUGAAUCACCGAUUGUACAUAGCUAAUCGCCGCAAUGUGUGGUCGAUCGACGUGACCGAGAGACUCUACGGUAGGCCCAUGACGCUCACGGAUUACGCGGCGUUUCUUCCGGCGAAUUUCACGCGCCUAUCCGCCGCGUAUCGAAGACCCUUGGGUGAUCUCGCGCUAUUCGCGGACGAUUCGAUCUACCUCGCGGAAUAUCCCAGCCUUAAGCUAAAAUCGGGUUUGCCGAGAUAUCUCCACGAUAUCGGACUUCCUCGAAAUGUUAAGAUUAACGCUGCGAUAAACACGCACACGGGACGAACCUACGCGAUCUACGACGACGACAAGGUAGCGGAGAUCGACGAGUGUCGCAUGAUAGUCAUUAGACACGCUCCGUUAAAAAAUAUAUUUACCGGAAUACCGUCCGCGAUAACGUCGGCCUUUCGAUAUAUCGACGGCAAUCUAUAUUUCUUCGCCAAACGUCAGUUUUACGCCUUUAACGAAUUUACGAAUAUCGUAACUUUGGCGGGUCCUUUCGAUCUACACGCGCUCGGUAUCGAGUGUCCUACGGAUGGGCUGCUAAGACAAUUGCGCGAUCUCCUCAGUCGCGUCUAUCGUCUCGGCGACGCGACCGAGAGAGAGAGGAUCGACGAGGAGGACGACUAG